GUCGACCGCUUUGCCUUUGAAUGCCAUCUCAUGCUUGUUUAUAGGCCGGAAUAUAAUAAUGCGGGGCUGCUGCGGGAUGUGCGACCCCGUUAAUCCCGCGACUCACCGGACGUCUCCCGCCAUCUAGCGGCGAACGCACGGCUCAGGCUGCGUCCACAGCCCCGAGUGUCUGAACUCGUUUCACCUCGUAUCACUGAAAUCAAACUCUCUCCUCGGCGUGCGUGCACCAAGUGUUCGCAGAGUCAGUCGUGCUAUAGCAAAAAAAAUAAAAUAAAUAAAAUAAAAACCACGCAUUGGGUGCCGUCUAUUUCCUGGAGGUUUUCGUGCGAAAACGGCGAGAUGUGCGAAACGUCCCUCCACCGGAGAGCCGCCCUGUGGUGGGAGGGAUUGAACACUGCUGCAGGUUAGCUGGAGACAAUCAUCUCUGUUGAACAGGAGUGUGUGUGUGUGUGUGGACACAACAAAAACACACACAAGUAACGAUCAGUCCACAGUGGUGACUUCAAAUCAUAGAAACAUGAAGUACCACAUGUCUUCAUGCGCAGGAGCUGAGGGUUCCUGCCAGAAUGAAAAAAAAAAACCAUGUCUCCACGUUAUAUCACACUGGAUGAUUGUCUUCAUCAUAGAGAAGAAUAAGAUCCACAUGUGGUGUUUGUUCUCCCCGAUCCCACUCAACGCCGCUUGUUUCCUUUUGUUAUCGCAUCAUCUCACACACAUGGAUGCCUUUUAACCGUAGAAUGCAGAAUUUGGCUGAAAAUGUCACUUGAGGUUAUUGUGACAUGGCUGAUUUUAUUUAAUGCAGCUCUCAGCUCCGGUGAGAACGGACCGAUCGCAGCCUGAGCUCGGGUGGGGGACUCAGGAGGAGGAGGAGGAGGAGGUUGGGGGCUUUGAGGAGGUGAAACAACCGGUUUUCAGCCCGCAGAUGAGACGGCCGGUCCCGGACGUUAACAGUAGACACUGCGGUCGGUCCCUGCGCUCCUUCUAUCCACACUCUUCUUCACUGGGGAGGAGGAGACUUGUGCGGGCACCGGGUGAAACACAACCCCGGGUGAGAGUACCGGUUGUAUCGGCAUGUGAAGUGACUUUCAGCGGUUGUGUUCGUGGGCCGGGUCGCGGCUGCUCACGCGCCUGGUGUCGACCACAGAUACAGAACUUUUCCGAGCCCCAAAGUUGUCAGGCAGCGCAUCUUGCACGCAUGCGCACAUCCGUCCUCUGCUGCUCUAAAUAAGAGUUAAAACAGAAACGAGGUCAGGGGUUAUUAGAGGAGUGGGAAUGACCGACACUCCACCCAGUGAUGGCCCCUCCCAGGGAGCGGAGUUCGACAUGAUGGGUGCUCUGGACUGGAAGGAUGGAAUCGCCACUCUGCCAGGAAGUGACAUCAGGUUCCGCAUGACAGAGUUUGGGACUCUUGAGAUUGUCACAGACCCAGAGGUCAAAGGGCAAGAGGCAGAGCCUAACCGCGAAACCUUGGACCCAGCUCCGACUCACACUCCCACCCCUCCUCCAGAGGGCCAAUCACAGUCUGGCACAGCCAAAGUUCCAGCCAAUCAGAGUCAGCUAGGAUCAUCUCAAGCUAAAGCCACUGGUUCUGUGCUUCUGUCUCUAGAGGAGGGCCCCAGUGUGGAGGAUGGUCCCAGUGUUGAAGUUGGCUCCAGUGCUAACAUGGGCCCAAAUGGGGAGCUGUCAAGGUGCCGGGCCUGUGGGGGUCGUGUUCCUCGGGAUGCCCUCUUUCAGGGCAGGUUCUGUAGCCCUGUUUGUGCACAGCCCUCCAGCGGCAGAUCGUCUCCAGGGGAAGCGCGGGAGAGUCAGACAGUUGAAGGUGAGAGGCUCGGCAAACGUGUGCGCAAAAAGAGGAAGAUCUAUAUGGACUCUGGUGAGGAAGAGGAAGACAACCAAGAGGAACCGGAGGAAAAAGCCAAAACUACCAAAGGCAGGAGAGGUGCCAAAAUUGCAAAACUGGUGACUGCCCCUCCCAAUAAGAAGCGUGCAUGGAGCUGGCCUGCUUACAUUGAAGAGGAGAAGGCCGUCGCUGCUCCUGUUAAACUAUUCAAAGAGCAUCAGUCCUUCCCUCAAAGCAGGAACAGUUUUAAGGUGGGGAUGAAGCUUGAGGGACUGGACCCAUCUCACCCAUCUCUGUUCUGUGUGCUCACUGUUGCAGAGAUCCAGGGAUACAGGGUAAGACUUCACUUUGAUGGUUACCCAGAAUGCUAUGACUUCUGGGCCAAUGCUGACUCGUGGGAUCUAAAACCAGCGGGAUGGUGUGAGAAGAAUGGACACAAGUUGUUGUUGCCUAAAGGUUGUAAGGAUGGAGAGUUUAAUUGGAGCAUGUAUGUGAAGAACUGCAGGGGGCAACUGGCCCCGAAACACCUUUUCAAGAGCCUCAACACAUCUGUGACUCCGUCUGGAUUCAGGGCUGGGAUGAAGCUGGAGGCGAUUGACAGGAAGAAUCCCUCGUUGAUCUGUGUAGCAACCAUUGCUGCUGUUGUCGACAACCGCCUGCUCAUUCAUUUUGACAACUGGGAUGACACCUAUGAUUACUGGUGCGAUGCCAGCAGUCCUUACAUCCAUCCUGUUGGGUACUGUGAAGAGGCCGAGCUAACUCUGACCACUCCAGCUGGUAAGACACAGACCAAGACACAUGUGGAAUAUAAACAACCGAAGAGUUUUUCAUGGGAGAAGUACCUGGAAGAGACGGGAACACAGGCGGCUCCUGCUCGGGCUUUCAAACCGCGACCUCCUCAUGGCUUCCAGUUUGGGAUGAAAGUGGAAGCUGUCGAUAAGAGGAAUCCCAUGCUCGUCCGUGUUACAACUAUAACGGACACAGAGGACCAUCGACUGAAGAUUCAUUUUGAUGGCUGGAGUUCAGAGUACGACUACUGGGUGGAGACAGACUGCCCCGAUCUGCACCCUGUUGGGUGGUGUCAGAAAACUGGACACCCACUACAGUACCCUAAUGGCACCAAUGAUAAUAUAUUGACUGCCCCAGGACAAGGAUGUCCUACCCCAGGAUGUAAUGGUGUUGGCCACAUCAGAGGACCUCGCUAUGGGACACACUACACUCAGGUGAGCUGUCCCUAUUCUGAGAUUAAUCUGAACAAAGAGGGCUUGCUGCCAGACCGUCUAAGCGGAGAGCGGCUCCUCACCCUCAGUGGACCUCAUCCUCGCGGGCGACGCCCCGAUCCUCACCCCAACACUACGACACAGACCUCCUCUACGCCUGAGCCAGCCGAAGGAGCUGAGGACUCCCAGAACAGGAAACUCGCGACAGUGGAAGCUGAGCGUGUAGGGCGCAGCAACCAGUCUGAGCCACCGGGUGGAGCCAGCGAGCAGAGCCACAAUGGAACAAGACCUAAACGGACUGCACCAGUUCCUAAAUACCUGAAAAUGCACUAUGUUAAAGAGGAGAUCGGCGACAGUAAAGCCUCUCCAGAUGCCAUCUCUCUCCAGCAGGCCCUCCACGAGUCCGUGUUCUCCCCCGGCAUCUCUGCCUCCCCCCCUCACCGGGUGGCUCUCUGCUGGGACAAACACUGCCAGCUGCUGCCCGAGGUCCUGGGGCUGACUGCCAAGAGAGUGGCCACUUGGAGCGCCGAGGAGGUGGCCAGUUUUGUCAAAGGACUCCCUGGAUGUAAAGAACAUGCUGCUACUUUUAAAACAGAGCAAAUAGAUGGCGAGGCCUUCCUGCUUCUCACCCAAGCGGACAUCGUCAAGAUACUGUCAAUCAAGUUAGGACCCGCCCUGAAGAUCUACAACUCCAUCCUCAUGUUGAAGAACGCUGACGAAGAGUGACACGUGGAUCUGGGAGGAUUCGAUUCCUCAUUUCCAGUCUCUUCAACAAACACUCGGCUGAAGACAUUUGAGCUUAAUAUUUGAUGAUCGCUGCAUUGAUGCAGCUGCAGAAAUGAAAGAAAAGGAAGCCAUCAUCUUGAAAAACGUCCAUCUAACCCCCCCCCCCACCCAUCUCCUCUCUCUGUGAGGGGCACUGGUCGACCUUGAGGGAAGAUACCAUGAGGAUUUCACUUCUAUUGUGUUUGUUUACCUACCAAAUCAUAUAAAAAAAAACUACAGCACCUUUAAGGCUUCUUAAUAUUGUACAGUUAACUUGGAUUUCGUGUCUCGAUUCUGUUGCAUUUCUUGUUUUAUUUGAACGCUAUUGAAAUGGUGCUUGAGCUCAGAGCCGAUAGAACAAGCGUGUUUGUGGUUUGUUGCUUUUUACUUGGCAACAGAAAUGCGUUUUUUUUUUUUUUAAAGCUGCAAAAUACAAUCGUGAGGUGUCGAGGUUUUUAAAUGUGAAACCCAGUGGAGCAGAAGCACUAUGUAGUUCAGCCUUUCUCCUCUAGAUGGAGAAAGUGAGCCACUCUACAGGCCCAGAGGCAGAAGAGUUGGGUUAAUUUGGAGUUGGCUGAAGCUAAGGUUGAAUGGGAGGGGGGUUAAAAUUAGUGUGUGUGUGUGUGUGUAUGUGUGUGUGUGUGUUUGAGAAACCAGGAUGUAAUUUCCCAGCAGCCUGUGUGUGUUGCUUCUCUGUUGUGACGAGCAGGGCUAAGGGCUAAUUGUUAAAUCAAGGAAACUUGCAGUCUGUUGAGGUGGAAUGAAACAAUGAACCAGCUUGUGUUAGCUUUUCUGCUUUUUUUGGGAAUGGCACAUGAAAAUGAAUGUUUAAAAAAAACACAUCUUUUAGUUGUUCUGUUGAUAACGAUCAUCUUGUUUGGUUCAAAUAACCUCCUGUCACUCACGUUGUAAAUAAUAUAAAGCUACAAAACAGACUGUCUUUGCUUCUUACGAGAGUUUACUCCUGCUUGGUUAUGCAAAACCUUGACAUCUGUCUCCAGGGAAGGACAUUGUGACAGUGGACCGAAAAAACACAAGCCUCGAUUCGUACAUAGAUUCUGGGAAGACAAAAAAAAGAAAAGAAAACAUUGUCGGUGUCUUUGUUAAUGAGCGUGCACUUCAGCCAGUUGGAAUGUGUACAUCAGCAACUGUUUAUAUGCAAACAGCUUUUAUUUAUGUAUUCUAAUUUAAGGGGUAAUGGUACGCUGGCUGCUCUGGAGGUAGAUGUGGCUCCUUGAUGGAAUGUGUGAAUGGAUGAAAAUAAAUGAGAUGCACACUGCC